AAGGACAAGUCAGAGCAGAACCCGUGAUCCGCACAGCGCUCGGAAGGAUUUCCCCUACAAAACCCACAGCAGGAAAAGAUACCCUUUUUAUUUGUUCUAAGGCGAAGCAAUGGCGCCUUUCUCUAUGCCAUGGUUUCGUCUCGUUCAAAACCUUCAUAUUCUGCUCUUCCUCCUCUUUUAUUCGGUUCGCUUCUCUCAUGCCGAUGCAGUGAUCUUAAAAUCGAGUUUAUCAGUGGUAUUAGAAAGGCAGGCUGAUAAUCAUGGAAUUCUUCCAUGGAGUUUCAUAGCUGAGGAGGAUUCAAUACUUCACCCAACUAAUAGCCUUUCAAUGGACAAUACCUCUUUUAAAUUAGCUUUGGACAGAACAAAGAGGAAAGACCCCACUAAAUUGUACACCUACUAUACAGGUGGUUGGAAUAUAAGUGAUGAGCAUUACUGGGCUUCUGCGGCUUCUAGUGCAAUUCCACUAUUUGCAUUUGCCCUUGCAUGGUUCAUUGGCUUUGGAGUAGCCUUACUAUUCAUCUGCUGCUGCUCUUGCUGCUGUAGACAGAGAAGAUACUCAUAUUCUCGCCAUUUCUUUGCUCUCUCUCUCCUUUUGCUUAUUGUAUUCACAUGCACAGCAAUUAUUGGAGGCAUUGUAUUGUAUAAUAUUCAAGGGAAGUUCCACAAUAGUACUAUAAAUAUGUUGGAUUAUGUUAAGGUCCAGUCAAAUUUUAUAGUGAACAACCUUCAGAAUUUCUCAAGAAAUAUGGGUGGCGCUAAGAGCAUUAAUGUGAACCAGGUUUUCCUUUCUGCUGAUCUUCAGACUAAAAUUGGUGAUACAGUGAAACUAGCUACCAUAUCAGCAGAUGAGCUUUCUUCCCGGUCAUCGACGAAUUUGAGGAACAUUGAUGACUUUCUGAAAUCUGUGAGAAUAGACUUGGUCAUAGGAUCAGCUGUCAUGCUUCUUUUGGUAUUUCUUGGAUUUUUAUUUUCCAUUCUAGGAAUGCAAUUCCUUGUGUACUGUUUGGUUCUAAUUGGAUGGAUUGUCAUUGCCGGUGCGUUCAUAUUGUGUGGUGUUGUUCUUCUUUUACACAAUGUGGUGGGUGACACUUGCGUUGCAAUGGAUGAAUGGAUUCUCAAACCUCAAGAAGCAACAGCCCUUGAUGAUAUUCUUCCCUGCAUUAAUGCGGCAACUGCAAAAGAAUCUCUCAUGAGGAGCAAGGAAGUCACUUUUGAGCUGGUCAAAGUUGUGAAUGAUGUCAUAACCAAUGUCCCCAAUGAAAAUUUCCGUUCUCCCGUUGUGCCUUCUCGUUCCAACUCCAACCUAACCGGUCCUUUGAUGCCAACUCUCUGCAAUCCUUUUGAGUCAGAUUUGAGAGACCGCAAGUGCAAAUUUGGUGAAGUUAGCUUUGAAGAUGCACCUCAAGUGUGGAAAACAUACUUAUGCAAAACCAAUGUCAUCUCUGGCAAGGAGGUAUGCAUCACUCCAAGCAUCUAUAGCCAGCUGAUAGUGGCCACCACCAUGAGCCAGAGCUUAUACCUGUUUAGUCCUUUCCUCAUAAUGGUGGCAAAUUGCAGCUUUGGAAAAGAGACCUUCAGUUUGAUAGAAACUGACUACUGUCCUGGAUUUGUGAGGUAUAGCAAGGGGAUGUACCGUUGCCUCACUCUCUUCUCUGCUGCCAUGAUUCUCUGCCUCAUCUUCUGGAUGGUCCAUGUUAGAGAAAGGAGGCGCCUUCAGUAUGCGAAGCAGUUCAUUGUUAUGGAAGGCCAACCAGGACUGGUUGAGGAGAAUAAAUUGUAGGAGAGAAAUGUAAUUUGAGUUUCACAUUGUUUGAUGAAGAUUUAUUGUAUGUAAGAAAUACUUCAAAACUUGUGGUUAUAAACAGCUUUAGUUAAGUGUUUGGUUUACCAAAAUCCCAUCUGUGUUGAUUCAUGUGAAGUGGGAAUUUUUGCCAACAAUAUUGUGGGGUUUGGAACAUUAUGUGGUGAACAGUUAAUCCUGAUUGCAUGAAAUCAUGAGUUGAUUUAA